AUGAGGGAUCGGCCCGUCAUCAGCAUCGAAAAUUACACCAUAUACUGCGGCGAUGCUGAUGAGGACAAAGUAGGCGGCUGCGCGAUAGCUGUGAAGAACGAUUACAAGAACCUGGUGGAGGAAUUUGGCUCAACGUCGUCUAGAUGCGCCUUUCUACGACUGCGGGAUCGCAGAGGACGUAAAUUCUGGAUCGUAAGUGCUCACGCACCUACGAAAACCGCUGAGGACAACAGUAAAGACGCCUUCUAUGAUGAACUCAAUGCGUUGAUGACUAAAAUACCAAGCCAGCAGGUGGUCAUUGUCGGAAUCGACACAAAUGUGAAGAUGGGACUCAAACAGCAAUCCGAUGUGCUAGAGAAAUGGUAUUAUGCAGCGAAGCGCACGUCGGACAACGGUGGCCGUCUGGUCGACUUGUGCGAACAGACGGACCUCAUCAUCGCCUUCACGUUUAAGAGGAAUCAUCGACGCCGAUUCCACAAGAGAAACCGAGGAGUUCCUCUUCAACCGAAAAUCGACAUGGCAGGCCUGAAAGACGAUGAAUGCAGAACGAAAUUCCGUGUGUCUAUUCAUGUUGGAGUACGGACCAGGAAGAAGCUUAGCGAUGCGGAUUCCUUCGCAAAGUGCAUCCAGGACGCUGCAGGGGAAACGCUUCCGGCUCUAUUGCCGCGGAAGAAGUCUGCCUUUGCAUCUGCGGAAACAAAAUCCACGUACAAUUCUGUAUGUGUCGCGCGCAGCGCUGACUUCAACCAGGAAAAGCGUCUUAGAAGGAAGCUAUCAUCUAAAAAAGAAAAGCGUCUUAGAAAGAAGCUAUCUAUCAUCAGCUAG